GGUUAUGGACGAUGGUAGGUGAGAGCUUUUGAUGGUGGUAGGUGAGUGCAGUGUGAAUAAAUAGCAGAAUCAAUCUUGUAAAGAUAUUUGCGUUUGGAUUUUGAUAGAAAUGGGUAGCCAAAUGGCUGUCCCUGUGAAUGAGACCUUCUUCAUAUCACAUGGUUCCCCAAUGCUAUCCAUAGAUGAUUCGUUACCUGCCAGACAUUUCUUGAAAUGCUUCAACCAGAAAGUCUUCACCCAGAAACCCAAUUCAAUUUUGGUGAUCUCUGGUCAUUGGGAGACUUCAGAGCCUACUGUGAAUUGCAUCACUGGCCUCAAUGAUACUAUUUACGACUUCUACGGCUUCCCAGAACAGAUGUACCAGCUGAAAUAUCAAGCACCAGGAGCUCCAAAAUUAGCCAAAAUGGUGAAGGAACUGCUCAAGUCAUCUGGCUUCAAUCGAGUGCACGAAGACAAUAACCGGGGCCUGGAUCAUGGUGCAUGGGUGCCUCUUAUGCUCAUGUAUCCAGGGGCUGACAUCCCAGUCUGCCAGCUUUCUGUCCAGACAAAGAAGGAUGGAACUCAUCAUUUUAACAUUGGGAAAGCAUUGGCCCCUCUCAAGGAAGAGGGUGUCCUCAUAGUUGGUUCUGGAUCUGCAACUCACAACUUGAGGGCUUUGCGCGACACUGCUGGCGUCGCUUCUUGGGCUAUGGAUUUUGACAAUUGGCUUAAGGAAUCCCUUGUUAAUGGAAGGUAUGAAGAUGUCAACAACUAUAUGACAAAAGCACCUUGUGCCAAAAUUGCACACCCAUGGCCUGAUCACCUGUAUCCAUUACAUGUAGCAAUGGGUGCAGCAGGUGAAAAUGCCAAAGCUGAACUUAUUCAUCAUAGCUGGAGCAAUCAUGCUCUUUCUUACGCCUCCUACAAGUUUGAGUCACAGCUAAAGUAGCCUUUACUGACGGAAGCAUUUAAUGGCUUCAAUGGUUAUUUCUUUUGAAGGUCUUUGGGAAAGAGUCACUAUGUUGUUGGAGGUACACUAUACCUCCACAAAUCUCACUUUAGUAGAAUUUCACUAGAUAUGUUGUAUCUUUCUGCCGUUUUAAUUUAUGCAAAGCUGAGAGGAGCAAAUGUUGCCAAAAAAACAAUUUGUUUUUUAAAAAAACAAGGGAUCAUGCUAAUCAAGCAGGACUCUGAGCUUGGCACAA